GGCCCCCAAGAAUGACACGAUUCAAUAGUUAUCACAAGACAAACUACUAUUCUGAUCGAAGGGACUGAGUCGUAGCCAGCACCAUGUAUCUCCGUCCAGCCCAGCCUUCGGAUGAGCCAGCCAUAGUCUCGAUAUGCGCACGCGCCUUUUACAACGAGGACCUGUUUGGUAGAGUCAUGCACCCCCAUAGAGACCAGUACCCCGAAGACUUGGAAAUCUACUGGCGAGGGGUCGUCCGCCGCGACUGGGCAUCGCCGCGCAACAGGGUCUUCGUCGUCGUGUGUCCCAAAAAUCCCGAACAAAAUCAACAUGACAAAGAAGAAGAUGAAGUAGUCGGCAUGGCCAUCUGGCAGCGUCAAGGCAACGACGCGACCGCUCAAAAAAUAAUCCAAGAACACACCGACCCAACCCCUCUCUUCCAACACAUCCCCGCCCGCGAAAACCGCGCCGCAGACCCCACCAAAAAGAACCACCUUGCCGACUCUGCAAAAUACACUGAACACUACUGGUCAGCACCCCAUUCAGAGAACUGGUACCUCUCCCUCUGCGCCGUGGACCCCGCGCACGCAGGCCACGGAUACGGGCGGGUGCUCGUGCAGUGGGGGCUUGAUCGUGCGCGCCAAGAAGGCGUCGAUGCGAGCGUUAUUUCGAGCGAGACGUCGCCAGCGUUUUAUCUGCGGUGCGGGUUCGAUGAGGUGGUGGGGAAUGCACAUGAGGGGGAGGGGAAUCCACUGCAGGUGGAUGCGGUUAAAGGGGGGGAUAUCUUGUUCAUGUGGGGAGGAGGGAAGGGGAAGGAGUGAUGUGGAUGGGACGGUUUUGUGAAAGUUGCCGUUUGGGAUUUGAUAGCGGUUUUUUUUGUGGGUUUAUGAUGGUAGAAGUAGGUUUAUUUCUUGUGUAAUACGGGAGACAGAAAUAGAGAGGGGUGUUGUAAGCAAUAGAGCGACAGUAAGCGGCGGCUGAAUCUGACCUGGUAGUGCGCUUACGUUCUGCAUUCGUCGUGUGAUGGCGUAAAGGGAAAGAACAACAAACACCGGUACGACGGUUCGCAAUAUGAAAUUUCCUUCUUGCUCUUCGUUAUGGCAAGUUACCAGA